AUGAGUGAUUGUGUUCAAGUUAAUUUACGAAUUACUACUAAUAGUAAUCAAGGUGGUCGAAAAUACAUGGAAGAUACAUAUGCAAUAGCUCUUCAACGUUUAAAUCCAUUAGAUAAAGAAAGUCCUAUUUCACUAGCUUAUUUUGGUAUAUUUGAUGGUCAUGGUGGAAAAGAAGCAGCUGAAUUUGCUCGACAAAAUUUAUGUCAACAUAUUCUUGAACAAGAUGAUUUUUGGUCAGAAAAUUCUAAUGAUAAACAAAUAUUAUCAGCUAUUCGAAAAGGUUUUCUUUCAUGUCAUAAUGAUAUGUGGAAACAUGUUGAAAAAUGGACAAAAACAUCAUCGGGUUUAACAAGUACUUCAGGUUGUACAGCAAGUGUUGUAUUUGUACGUGGAAAUAAAUUAUAUAUUGGACAUGUUGGAGAUUCAUCAAUUGUUAUAGGUGAAGGUAAUACAUUAUAUAAAUGUUGGAAAGCAAAUCGUAUAACACGUGAUCAUAAACCAGAAGAUCCACUUGAAUUAAAACGUAUACGUGAUAGUGGUGGAAAUGUUCUUUGUAAAGCUGGUGUUCAUCGUGUUGUUUGGAAUAGACAAAAAUUAAUACAAUCAUCUAAUUAUUAUAGAAAUGAACAUAUGAAAACAACAUAUGAAUAUGAACAAAUACCAUUUUUAGCUAUAUCACGUGCAUUAGGAGAUUUAUGGAGUUUAAAUAAACAUACAAAUCUUUAUUCUGUUUCACCUGAACCUGAAUUAACUGUUAUUGAAAUAAAUCCAAAUAAACAUCGAUGUUUAAUAUUAGCUAGUGAUGGUCUUUGGAAUAUGAUAACACCAGAAAUAGCUGUAGAAAUUGUUAGAAAUUGUGAUGUUAAAACUGAAGAAAUGAUUUUAAAUUCUGAGGAUGAUGAUGAUCGACCAUUUCGCAAUCCAUCACAUGAACUUGUACAAAAAGCAUUAGUAUCAUGGCGAGAAAGAAUGUUACGUGCUGAUAAUAUAACUUGUAUUACAGUUAUGCUUGAUCCACCAGGACCACCAUUUAGUGAAUGUAUUUUAAAUAAGAAAAAACAAAUAUCUUUAUCAACAUAUUCAGUUUGUUCGGAUGGUAUAGUUGAAGUAGAUCGAGUAGGAUCGUUACUUACAAGUGAAACACCUCAAAGACCUAAACUUACUGUAAAACGUAAAGAAAAUAUUCUUACACCAAUUUCAAAUGGAUCGACACCUAUACGAACUCCAAAACGUCCUGCAUCAGACGAUAUAACUGAUAUGCUUGAUGAUACACCACGUCGUAAAUUAAUAAAAACUAGUCAACAAAAGGAGAAUAAUACAAUAUCACCUUUAAGAAAUGAACUUGAACUUCCUCCAGUUCCUUCAACAAAUAAUGAAGAAGAUGAUCAAGAAUUUUUACCUUUAACUCAACAAACACAAAAAUUAUCAACAUUUGAUGAUGAUUUAGCACAAAAAGUUGAACAAUGUUUUCGUAAUCAUACUAAAGAACAACAAACUGAUGUUGAUAUGAUGGAAAUCGAAGAAUCACAUCAAACAAAUAAUAAUAAUAAUAAACACAAAUCUUCUACACGUCGUCGUUCUCGUUUUCGAUUUUCAUUUUCGAAUAAUCAUAAUUCACCUGAACAAGAAGAAAAUGAAAUAGAUUCGAAAAGAAAAUCUCGUUUAUUUCGAACGCAUUCAGCUUCGAUAAUAAAUCAUGAAAAUGAAAAUGAAAAUAAUAUUUAUUCAUCACGUCGACGAAAAUCUUAUAGUACUAUUGGAUUAGCAAAUGAACUUAAAAAUAUUCCUAACAAUAAUAAUAAUAAUAAUGAACAAACAACAAAUAUUGAUAAAAAAUCAACAAAAAUCAAAUCAUCAUUAGCUAAUCGUGUGAAACGAGCAUUUUUCCGUCCACAUCGUAGUCCAGUAACAUCGUCAUGA